AUGGAAGACUCGGCCAUUAUGGAGACGAAUUCCUGCCUAGAGGAGCUAGAAGAAGCCGCUCCGUCCAAAAACCCAAGCCAGGAGAAUUUCAUCCAACAUCCCCAACAACGAAACCAGCCUCCACUGAAAAACCCUCCACGGAAAAGCCAACAGUCAGCAUUCAAAUGGCGUACCUUCUGGGCCGCCUAUCUCCAGUUAUUUGGGUACUUGAUCCUCGGUGGCGGAUUUGCUGUUGCCCAUCAUUACUUUUACCAGUACCUACACGGAACCGUUGUCAGCGACAUUCUCGGCUUUACGCAGUUCAAUACACAGCAACUGUAUCUUCAGGUUGGCACUGCGAUUUCAUGGAUUGCGCAAAGUUGUUUUGGUGCAGCAAUCAAUGCCGCUUAUAACCAGUAUGCGUGGGUACGAAUGCGGUCGAAAAGGCAUACAGUCAAGGCAUUGGAUAGUAUUUUUACUGGCUCUUCCAAUUUUUUGUCGUUUAUGAAACCGGCUUUUGUUCGUGAGGCGCCGAUAUGCUGGCUCAUUGCCGCGUGUACAUUACUCAUGCCUUUGACAAGUCAAUUCACGCAGGCCACUUUGAACGUGGCACAAUCAAGCGUAGCCAUUAAUCGACAUGUUUCUGUGCCUGUUCUAAAUUUUGCAAACACCUCAAACUACAUCCUAUCCGACCAGACCCAGACCACCCGCGAUCUCCUAUCAGAGGCAGUCAAUAUAAACCCAGCAUUUCAACAAAUCGCUCUAGAAACCAUAUCCGGCGGAAAGGUCCUACCAAUGGCAGUAACUAGCCCUAAUACCACGUACAACCUUACUUUCCGGGCUCCUGGUAUUCAAUGCUCUCCUCCAACAGACCAGAAUACGAACGAUAUGAUACAAAAAGCUAUCAAAAAUGCAGCUCCAUCAAACACUCACUGGAGCGGAGUCGUUUAUAUAGGGUGUAUCAUCAGACCACCCAAUUUGACUAACGAUAUGGGGCUUUUGGGGGUUCAGUUCAUGGGAACAAUGCUGGCUUGCGAGCAUACUGAUUUUAUGUACCAGGCAAAAUUCACAUCUACAACAUCAUUUCAGACGAUUACAGACCUGUCGAACACGAAGACGAAAGGUUUAGGGCGUCAGUUUGAUAAUAAAGUCUACGCUGCGAACAAUGAGUAUUUGACAAAGAUGUUGAAUGGUUCUUGGUAUGUUGCUGGAAACAGGUCAAAGGAUCAAACGACUCCUUCUCUACAUGUGAAAGCAACAUCCAAUGGCGCGAAUUUCUUUAGUCCUGCUCUUGAAUAUUUAGUUAUGGAUGCAAUAAACGGUUUACAUACCACUUUGACUACUGUCGACAAUAUACCAGUUAAAUGGAUCGAGAAACCAUACCACAUUUCACAAGCCGAUCGAGCACUAGCCCGGAAGCUGAGUUUUGAGGAUAUUGUUGAAGAAGUGUUUAGAAAUAUAACGUUGAGUCUGUUUAGCAACGACGAGUUCUGGAGCCUAAGCAGAACUAAGACUACCGGCGCAGUCAGCACCCCUCAAACAAGAUACGUAUACAAAAGAAGAACAUUGACCCUGACAUACGGGGUAUCAUUCAUCUUGGCCUUAUUUUGGACCAUAGUCGGCCUUUUAUGUCUUUUGAUCAAUGGCAUUAGUCGCGGCAUGUCAUUUUCCUCAAUCGUAACGUCAACACGGAAUAAAGAACUCGACGAACUGAGCAGUAACAUUGGCUUGAAGGACGCGGUUCUGCCUGGCUAUAUGAUGAAGAAUACAAAACUUAUGUUUGGGAUUCAGGAUGGUGAGAGAGUGGGCUUUGGGUCGCAUGUUACCAAGUUUAGAAUGGGCCAGCGUAUAGCGAGAGACUUGGAUGGAGAAGGAGGUGGUUGGUCUAACCAGCUAGCUGACUUAUCAGAGUGAAUAGAUGUACAUUGUCACAAUUACCCGAGAUAAAGAAUCGUAUCUUGGCUCUACCUACUGACCAACAGCUGGCGUCUACUUUUCGAGGGUUGGUCUUCUAUCUUUAUUCCAUCUGGGGUAUCAUACAACCCGAAUUGAGAUACCCAUUUGAAUAUCAUAUAUGCUCGAACUUUGCACUUUCAUUGGCAAGACCUCAUGGAAUUCUCUAGUCAGAUUAGUAACGUAGCUCCUUCAUUCAGUACAUCAUAUACAUAUCCCCCACUAUCCCUACUGCAUUAGCCCUUGCUCGGACGUCGGUUUCUUCACGAAUGGUAACGCAACCCCCACUUCGGCAGCGGCGUCAACUGGAGACCGACACGUGAACCCAUCCGAGGCUAUGAUGCGACGACGAAGAAGAAGAAGAAUGGAAGCGGCAUUAGAGCGUCGAGCCGUCGCUCAGUCUCUUUGCAGUUAAUUAUAUCCUGAAGAGGCGAUUGGCGACCAGUCAUAAGGCCAUGA